AGCAGCGCGCUGCGUCUCGCCGCCGUUCGCUGCGGGUCGAGGCGGCGGUACGGGCAAGUGAGCUGCGGGGAGAGAGAGAGAGAGAGAGAGAGAGAGAUAGAGGGAGAGAGAGAGAGACAGAGAGCGGAGAUUAAACUCAGUCUGCAGGGCUGUGUGAUGGGAGGGGGCAUCACCAUGGCUGCUCCAGUGGUGCUCCUGUCGAUCCUCUCCUCUUUGCUGUUACCAGCUGAUGCAAUCAAGCCCAGGUUCUUUGAGCCCAGAAUCUUUGACAAGGAGGCCACGGGUUUUGGGCCCAUAUUCGAGGAGGAGCCCCUUGACACAGUGUACGCCGAGGACUCUCCUGAAGCCAAAAUCUCCAUGAACUGCAGAGUUCGUGCCAAUCCACCAGCUGCGAUCAAGUGGUGGCAUAACAACUGGGAGAUUAAACUGAUGGAGCAGCCAGAUGAGCACUAUAGUUUAGUGGGUGGAAACCUGGUCAUCACGAACCCAGAAAAGAGCAAGCAUGCUGGGAAAUAUGUGUGUGUGGCCAAGAAUGUUUAUGGCACCACCAUCAGCAAAGAGGCUACUGUCAAGUUUGGGUAUCUGGACCAGUUUCCUACUGAUGAGAGAGAGGCUGUGUAUGUUAAAGAAGGACAGGGGGCCGUCCUCUUGUGUGCUCCGCCCUCUCGCUAUCCAACUGAGGUGAUGUACAGAUGGAUCUAUAAUGAUUUCCCCAAUUUCAUUAUCCCUGAUCAGAGACGCUUUGUGUCUCAGACAACUGGGAACCUCUAUAUUGCUAAAGUGGAGGCUUCUGAUGUCGGCAACUACUCCUGCUUCGUGUCCAGCCCCACCAUCGGCAAGAGUGUCUUCAGCACCCCUAUCCCACUAGUGCCACAGAUAGAGAAGGAAGUGAAGCGAUAUCCUGCCGAUAUCCGAGUCAGAUUUCCGAAGACGUACGCUUUGGUGGGGCAAAAUGUGACACUGGAGUGCUUUGCCUUGGGAAAUCCUCUCCCACACAUCCGCUGGAGGAAACUGGAUGCUGACCUGCCGCCCAACUAUGAGGUGAGCAUGAACGGGGCGCUGCUGCACCUCAUCAACGUGCAGUACGAGGACGAGGGCAGCUACGAGUGUGAGGCCCUCAACGUCAGAGGCAUGGACUGGUACCGGCAGUGGCUCUACGUGGAGGGUGCUCCAGAGUGGGCGGAGCAUAUUAACGACACCGAGAAGGAUGUCGGCAGUGAGCUUACUCUGUCCUGCACUGCUGUGGGAAAGCCGCUACCGUGGAUACGCUGGUUGAAGGAUGGCUACUCUUAUGGCAAAGGAGAGCUGAAGUUCUCCAGUCUCACGUUUGAAGAUUCAGGCAUGUAUCAGUGCAUUGCUGAGAACACCUGGGGAACCAUCUAUGCCAAUGCAGAGCUGCGGGUGGUCUCUUGUGCUCCCACAUUCAUAUACAACCCAGUGAAGAAGACACUGUUGGGUGCUGAAAACGGCCGUGUGGUUAUCGAGUGUAAACCCAGAGCGGCUCCGAAGCCCAGGUUUAUCUGGAAACGUGGCUCGGAACUGUUCUCCAACUCUUCCCGUAUGUUUAUCUGGGAUGAUGGGAGUCUUGAGAUACUGAACGCGACAAAGAGCGAUGAGGGCUUGUAUACGUGUUAUGCUGAGAAUGACCGCGGCAAGGCCAACAGCACAGGCACCCUCAGCAUCACCGAGGCUACUAAGAUCACAGUACCCCCCUCAGAUGUGGAGGUAACAGUGGGAGAGACUACUGUCCUUCAGUGCUCUGCCUCAUAUGACCCCAGCCUAGACAUCACCUUCAUCUGGACAGUGGACUCUUACAUCAUCAACUUUGCCACCGACUUUGAUCACUAUGAGCAGAUGAUGGGUCGGGAGAACAGCGGAGACCUGCUGAUUAAAAACAUUCAGAUCGCACAUGCAGGGGAGUAUAUCUGCACGGCCCAGACCAUCGUUGACAAUACCACUGCAUCUGCUAAUGUUAUUGUCAGAGGUCGGCCAGGUCCUCCAGGUGGCGUGAGAGUGGAGGAGAUCAGAGACACGUCAGUGAAGCUCGUAUGGAGUUUGGGCUCAGACCACGGCAGCCUCCUCGCUCAACAUGUCGUACAGACCCGAGACUUCUUUGCUCUUGACCCAGAAGAUUGGAAGACUGCAGUCACCUCUCCUGUUUUCUUGGAUGGGAAAGCUGAGGUGACAGAGGUGGUUGAUCUGUAUCCCUGGAUGGAAUAUGAAUUUCGUGUGUAUGCCAUCAAUGAGCUGGGAGCAGGAGAGAGCAGCCUGCCCUCCAUUAAAAUCAAAACCUGGGAUGCUAUUCCUACCAUGUCUCCCACUGAUGUCGAUGGCUUUGUGGGCCUGAAUGGGGAGCUCAUCGUCACCUGGACUCCCAUGAAGCCUCAGUACUUCUUUGGUAAGAAGUUUGGCUAUGUAGUGGCAUUUAAGCCCCAUGAGGACUUUGACUGGAAGUGGUCGACUAUAGCCGAUCCGGAGGCCAGACGCUUUGUUUACAGGGACACCAUCAUCCCCAACACUGAGAUCCAGGUCAAAGUGAAAGGCUACAACAGCAAAGGAGAGGGGCCAUACAGCUUGACCAAAGUAGUGUUCUCCUCUGAAAGUGCACCCACUGAAGCACCGCUGGAUGUCUACGCCCGCCAGGUCACCUCUACAGAGGCUCUUGUGUGGUGGCUGCCUGUCUACCAGGUUCCUCCUCACUGGGUGGAUGGCUACCAGAUUCGCUAUUGGAGGAAGUAUGAUGACAACGAAGCGGCUGCCUCUCGUGUUCUGGUGCACAGUUCGGUUAACCAGACUCGCCUGGAGAACAUGCGGCCGGACUCACACUACCUUAUAGAGGUACGGGCCUACAAUGGAGCCGGACUUGGGCCACCCAGUGAGCACUGUGAGAUGUUCACCAGGAGACCACCUCCAAGUCGUCGUCUGAGGGUGUACAAGUAUGUCAGCUUUACACGCAAAUGGCUCUAUAUCUACUGGGAUCACAUCUACAAUUACUGGAAUGAGUCUUAUGUAGAGGGUUACAAGAUCUUGUUUAGGAAGGAAGGGGAGCGCUAUGGGAAACUGUACACCACCGGCAGGCACUACAUCGACUUCCCCAUGCCUGAGACGGGCGACUACGUGAUUGAAAUAAGGGCUCGCUGCGAGGGAGGAGACGGCCCUAUAUCACAGAUACUAGUGCAAGGUCGAGCUGCACUGGGCUCUCAAUCUCUUGGUGCUGUCUCACUGCUGCUGCUGGUGUUAGCCUGGAUGAACCUUGGUCUGUAGGGACAGCCUGCUUUACCUGGGUCAGAUGGACUAUACAACCCAGUUUGCAAAAAAGUUGUAAAUGAAAACAGAGUACAACGAUGUGCCAAUCACUGAAAAUAGUACAAAGUCAACACGUCAGAAGUUGAAGCUGAGAAAUGUUAUUCUUUUUUGACAUAUAUAUAUAUAUAUAUAUAUAUAUAUAUAUAUAUAUAUGUAUAUAUAUAUAUGGUCAUUUUGAAUUUGAUGCCAGCAACAUGUGUACAAAAAGUUGGGACAGGGACACAAAAGACUGGUAAAGUUGUGUAGUGCUGAAAACACCUGGUGGAACAUCUCACAACUAAUUACAUUAAUAAGUAACAGUUCAGUAACAUGACACAUAUAUAUAUAUAUAUAUAUAAAUUGACUGAGAUCUAAAGAUUCUUUCAGAAGUAAUGAUGGGAAGGGGUUCACCACUCUGUAAAAAACUGCACAGGCAAGUUUCAGUUUCAAGUUUUAUUUGUCACAUACAUUGUCAAACACGGUACAGCUAGCAGUGAAGUGCUUGGAUAACUGCCCACACACCUGAAGCAAUAAGGUGAUACGAAACAGUCACAUAGAAGAACAAUAAUGUGGAAAAUGUAUAACAAAAUAUCCAUCUAUGAAAUAUGCGCUAUAAUUUGGAUAUUUUAUCAUCAAUUUGUACGGCACAUUAUAUCAUUACAAGAUUUAGAGAAUCCAGAGAAAUCGCUUUAUGCAAGGAACAAGGCCAAAAACCCAUAUUGGCUGGCCGUGAUCUUUAGGCCCUGCGAUGGCACUGCAUUAACAACGGCCACGAUUCUGUAGUGGAAAUCACUGUAUGGGCUCAGGAACACUUCCAAAAACACUGUCUGCGAACGCUCAACGCAUGUUAAAGGCACCAUUAAUGCUGACUGAUCUAAACAGGUUUUCGAGAAACAUAUGCUGCCAUCCAAAUGACGUCUUUUUCAGGGAAGCCCAUGCUUAUUUCAGCAAGACAAAUUACAAACCACAUUCUCUGUGUAUUACAACAGCGUGGCUCAUCGGUCCGGUUUCUGUCGCCCACUGAGAACAUUUGGCACAUUAUGAAAUGAAAAAUGUGACUUUGUGCUGUUUUCAAUUAAUCAUUUAAAUGAUUUGCAUAUUAUUGUAUACUGCUUUUAUUUACAUUUUGUACAGUGUCCCAGCUUUUUUGGAAACAGGGUUGUAGAAUAAAAACCACCACCACCAUCCCAACUGUUUCUUGAUUUGCCUUAUGAAAUGUCCUCAAUCGUUCAAGUCAUGAAUUAUAUACAUACAAGUAUCAUUGGAGCCAGAGAUGAAUUCAUAUAUGACCGACAUGAAAACAUAAAACAUGUAACAUUUAUAAUUAUUGCAUUUUGUUGUGAAAUGUGCUGUUUUUUAGCCCCUUUUCAUGCAUUUAUACUCAGUUUGUUUCUUUUGUUGGAGUGAGACUGACAAUGUCUUGUUAUAAAGAAUGCUUUUUAGAUUUUUCAUGUUUUAUUUGUAAAACGCCAAAUAAUUUGCAGUAUGCUUUUGAUUGGAAUGUAUUAACCCAGGUUUGAUAAUUGCGCUGAACAAAAGACCUCCAUUUAGUCACUGCCUCUAGUUCUGUUACCUUGACUUCAUAUGAAUAAGAAUGCAUUGGUUUUGGUUGCUUGUGCUGCAAAUUUGGCUGUACAUUAGAGAGUACGCUAGUCAUCACUGUAAAACCAUUUCCACAUCACAGUUGUUUACAUGCAGCGGUAGUUUUUUUAUGUUUUUCAUCCUACACAUGCAAAUGACUCACAGCUAGGUGAUGUGUGGAAAUCCAGAGGCACAAUCUAUAUAAAUCUCUGUGCUCAUUAAAGUUUGUAUUUAGAAUGAAA